AUGGAUGCCGAUUAUGUUUUACCGUGUCGAAAAUUUGCCUUUAGUAUCGGACAUUUUCUCAAUGAUCUUUGUGCAUCUGUUUGGUUUUCAUAUUCAUUGGUGUUUUAUCAUCGGAUAGCGAAAUUCUCAAAUAGUUCAGCAGGCUACUUGAUUUUGAUUGGUCAAGUAGCUGAUGCAAUAUCCACGACAUUUGUUGGUUUAGCUUCGGAUCGAACUAAACAUGGUUUAUGUGGAAAAAGAAAAUCUUGGCAUCUGUUGGGAGUGAUUUGCGUUCUUUGCUCAUUCCCGUUUUGUUUCCGAUUACCGAACGAGACUCUACUGUCGUCGUCAUUUCUUUACUAUACAAUAUUUAUCCUUAUAUUUCAAUUUGGAUGGGCAUGUUCGCAGAUCGGACAUUUAUCCAUGUUAAAUGAAUUAACACCGAAAGAAGAUGAACGAGUAGCAUUGAAUGCUUACCGACAUGCUUGGUCUAUUGCUGCUAAUAUAUUCGUCUAUACAGUGACUUGGCUACUCAUUGACAAUACUCAAGUUAGAGAGAAUAAUCAAAUGAAUGCAAAUGUCUUUCGAAUAUUAACAAAUAUUAUUAUCAUUACUGGAUUUUGUACUUCACUGAUAUUUUAUUUCGGUUCGAAGGAAUUAUUAACUGUAACAAAGAAUUAUCAGUUUUUACCGAUAGUAUCUCGUAGUUGGCGUGAAUUUUUCAUGGAUUCACAGUUUUAUCUGAUUGCAUUGAUUUGGAUGUUAACACGUGUGAUUAGCAAUCUCUCGCAAGUUUAUUUACCAUUGUAUAUCAUGGAUACAACGGAUGCCAGUCAAGUUGAUCGGACUUUAAUUGCAACAGGUCCAUUGUGUGUCUAUGUAACCGGUUUUAUCACAUCGUUUCCAAUGCGAACAGUAAAUCAAUACUUAGGUCGAAAAGUGACAAUGGUUGUCGGACUUGGUGCUAUUCUUUUCUCCUCGUGUCUUUUCUGGUAUAUCUUUUUCUUGAAUGAAAAAUUCGGCAUUUCAAUGCAAUUAAUUAUAUUACUCGGAUCAUUUCUACUCGGCAUUGGGAUUACUACUGCACAAAUAACAUCGAGUGCAUUCACAUCCGAUUUAAUCGGACAAAACACAGAAACAAGCGCAUUUGUCUACGGAACGAUGUCAUUUUUGGACAAACUAGCAAAUGGAUUAGCAAUCGCAUUCAUUCAACAGUAUAACCCUUGCAGUGUCUGUCCAAAUUGUUGUCCGUUGUUUUAUCGACGAAUUCUUUCAUUUCUACCUGGAAUUCUUACGAUUGUAACAUUGUUUGUCUUGACAAGUAUUGGCCGUGGACAUACUCGAGGCGAGAAAAUGCAAUAUUCGAUCAUUUCUCUGUGUAAUCGAUUGGUGCAACGAAGUUUGAAAGUGAUAUUGACAAAAAUUGUUUGA